GGGCUCCCUCGCAAUCAAAAUGGCGGAAGUUGCCCUUAGAAAUGUGCUUGGUCAUGCUUGAGGCGCCUUGGAACAAUCGCGCUGAAUCGUAUAAGAGGAAAUCUUCACUCAAAGAAGACUUGAAAUGGUAUCGUUUCAAAUUGGAAAUAUUUCGGUGGGUGGUCCUGGAGACCCGUGUUUCGUCGUUGCAGAAAUUGGACAGAAUCAUCAAGGGAAUAUUCAGAUAGCAAAACAGAUGAUAUUGGAAGCGAAGAGAGCUGGAUGCCAUUGUGUGAAGUUUCAAAAAUCCUGUUUGUCCGCGAAAUUUACUCAGGCAGCACUCGCACGACCUUACAAGAAUUUCAAUUCCUGGGGGACUACGUAUGGCGAACACAAGGAAUAUCUAGAAUUUACUAUUGAACAGUUCGUAGAGCUUCAAUCGUUCGCCACUAAAGUUGGGAUCUUUUUCUCAGCUUCAGCAAUGGAUGAGGUCUCCUUCGUGGAGCUCAGUGAACUAGGACUACCAUUCAUUAAGAUCGGAUCAGGCGACGCUAAUAAUUUCAAAUUAAUUGAAUAUGCCUCGAAGCAAAGCACACCGCUGGUCAUAUCGACUGGGAUGCAAGAGAUGUCUACCGUAGAUAGAAUAGUGACCAUCAUGCGAAGGAAUAGGAAAACUAAUUUUUGUUUAAUGCACUGUGUGUCGGCGUAUCCAACAUUACCUGAAAAUGCUAAUCUGAGACUUAUAACUUAUUUGAAACGUCGAUUUCCUCACAUACCCAUUGGAUAUUCUGGUCACGAACAAGGGAUUGCUAUAACACUGGCAGCAGUUUUGUUGGGCGCAAAGGUCGUUGAGCGUCACUUCACCCUCAACCAAAAUCAGAAAGGAUCGGAUCAUAGCUCCUCGCUUACACCUACAGACUUUGCAUUUCUCACCCGCGCUAUAAAAGAUCUACAGUUCAGCAUUCCAGAUAAUCGAACAACAAAAACUGAUGAUAUUUUAAAAGCCCUAAAAAAUUACAAUUCUAAUCAACUAAUGAAUUUAAAACCAGUCGAAUUGGCAUUGAAAGAUGUUCAUUUCAAAACAAUUUUGGACUGUGAAAUGUCCUGUCGACGUAAGCUAGGCAAAUCUUUAGUUUAUACGAAAAACUUUUUAGCCGGUCAUGCUAUAACGAAAGAUGAUUUAGCAGCUAAGGUUAGUGAACCUUUUGGCAUAACAGCGGAGUGUAUUGAAGCGUAUGUUGGGAAAAUAUUGAAGAAAGAUGUAAGGUUUGAUGAUCCUUUACAGGAGACGGAUUUUGUAUAGUUUUAAGAGAUAUUUUGAAGAUUUUUUUUGUCUGAAGCGAUGGUGAUUUUAUCUGUUACUUGAGCAGAUAUAUUGGCCUUAGAUUGAAGUUU